UAAAACAAAAGCCAAACAAAAAUUUAUCGAAGAGAGAAGAAAAUAAAUAGUCUCUCUCUUCUCGUAUCUGUCUGCUUAGAUUCCCUUUUAAGAACAACAUAAAACUAAUUGAAUUGAAAGGGUUAAGGGGGCAGGUUUUAAUGUUAAUAAAGUUUUCUUUUUUCUAAUUUACUUUUCAUAAGAUUGUAGCUUUUUACAAUUUUGAAUUACCAUUGAUUCAAUAAUUUUAACAUUAAUUAUUUGGGAAAUUUGAUAAAUUUGGGGGAAUGGGUGUUCUGGUUGAUUCCCAGAAAGAGGGUUUCGGUUCUUCAUGGGGUGGUCUAAAGAAUUUGGUAAGAAGAAAACAGGUAGAUUGUGCCCAUACCAAGCGUUUGGAUAAUCCUCAGCUGGCUAAAGAGUUGACCAUUCCUCAUCUCGUAGCAGUCGGUGUUGGAUCAACAAUCGGAGCUGGAGUUUAUAUUCUUGUUGGAGAAGUUGCUAGAGAGCAUUCUGGGCCAGCUCUCACCAUGUGCUUUCUAAUUGCCGGAAUUGCCGCUGCCCUAUCUGCUUUUUGCUAUGCUGAGCUUGCUAGUCGUUGCCCGUCUGCUGGCAGUGCCUAUCAUUAUUCAUACAUUUGUGUUGGUGAAGGUGUUGCCUGGUUGGUUGGUUGGGCUCUGAUACUGGAGUAUACAAUUGGUGGAUCUGCUGUUGCUCGUGGCAUUUCCCCUAAUCUGGCUUUGCUCUUUGGAGGUGAAAAUAGUCUGCCAACUUUUCUAGCUCGUCAGCAUUUUCCCGGGCUUGAUGUUAUGGUGGACCCAUGUGCUGCAGUUCUAGUUCUCAUUGUGACUGGGUUCUUAUGCUUGGGAAUCAAGGAGAGUGCACUUGCACAAGGCAUUGUCACAGCUGUAAAUGUAUUUGCCAUGCUUUUUGUAAUAAUAGCUGGUGGUUAUCUGGGUUUCAAGACUGGAUGGACCGGAUACGAAGUUCCUACUGGGUACUUUCCCUUUGGGGUGGAUGGAAUGCUUUCGGGAUCUGCAACAGUCUUCUUUUCUUAUAUUGGUUUUGAUACGGUUGCAAGCACUGCUGAGGAGGUGAAGAAUCCCAAACGAGAUUUGCCACUGGGUAUUGCAUUAUCCCUCUCCAUUUGUUGUUGUUUGUACAUGCUGGUUUCUAUUGUUAUUGUGGGUCUGGUCCCAUAUUAUGCAAUGGAUCCUGACACCCCCAUCUCCUCUGCAUUUGCGAGCAAUGGGAUGCAAUGGGCUGCUUACAUAAUAACUGUUGGAGCUGUUACUGCCCUUAUCUCAACAUUGAUGGGCUCAAUCCUCCCUCAGCCUCGAAUUCUUAUGGCAAUGGCUAGAGAUGGAUUGCUGCCAUCCUUCUUUUUGGAAGUUAACAAACACACUCAAGUUCCUGUCAAUAGCACGCUGGCAACUGGUAUAGUUGCUUCUAUCUUGGCAUUCUUCAUGGAUGUUUCACAAUUGGCAGGGAUGGUCAGUGUGGGUACACUUAUUGCAUUUACGAUGGUUGCAGUUUCUGUGCUGAUACUUAGAUAUGUCCCACCAGACGAGGUGCCACUUCCGUCAUCACUGCAGGAAUCAAUUGAUUCUUACAUGCUGAGACAUAAUAGUGAUGCUCAGAUGAUUAAUGGAGAAAACCCAGCAAAGAGUCCUGGAGAUCCUUGUCUGCCUUUGCUUGGAGAAAAGAAAGUUGCAGUUGAUUGUACUGUUGUUGAAAAACUAGAAGCUCUAUCCAGUUUUACUGCAGGUACCCUUGAUGAAGAGAACCGAAGGAAAAUAGCCAGCUGGACCAUAAUGUUAAUAUGUGUAGGGGCAUUUAUACUUACAUUUUCAGCUUCAAAUCUGUGGUUUUCGAGCCUUAUUCGGUUCACAUUGUGUGGUGCUGGCGGUCUUCUUCUUCUUUCUGGUUUGGUAAUUCUCACCUGUAUUGAUCAAGAUGAUGAAAGGCAUAACUUUGGACAUGCAGGAGGUUUCAUAUGUCCUUUUGUUCCACUCCUACCAAUCUCCUGCAUUCUCAUCAAUGUUUACCUUCUCAUCAAUUUGGAGGUUGCAACCUGGGUUCGAGUUUCGGUUUGGCUAAUGAUAGGGGUUCUUAUUUACACCUUCUAUGGUCGUAGACACAGCUCGCUGCUAAAUGCGAUCUACGUGCCUAAAGCGCAUGUGGAUGAAAUUUAUCGCUCCUCCGGAGCAAUGCUUUAGUGUAAUGGAACCUUGAAUGCAAAAGAAAAUGAAGGAAAAAAAUCUAGACUUUAUUAGCAGUACUGAUGAUUGUUUGGUCAUAGUUCUGGAGAAGAAUCUCAGUGUUGUAAGCUUUGUAAAUUUAUUUAUUUAUUAAUUUUCAGGAGAUGGCCAUAAAAUGAGUAACUUGUUUGCAUGUCUACAUGUAUUUCCUUAGGAUGGGAAAACUCUAUUGCAAAAGUGUAAAUACUUAUUAGCAAUGUGAAUUACAGAUUUCCAUCUCUCUUAA